CGUGUGAGAUAGAAGGCACGAUCGUAGCAGUUUGGUACAUCAACCCACUCAUUUCACAACAUUUGGCCAUAUCGGCAAUUAAAUCAGUUUUGCUAUCACUACUGCUGACAGCCAGAUAUGCCUUACACUUCGCUUAUCACUCAUUACUUGCUCCAUCCUGGCGUAAAAUAACAGUUUAAAUUCUUUGCCUAGCAUCUCGCAAGCAACAUUAUCUUCCAAAGAGCAGUGGAAUAAUACAAUCUAAAAAAUGGACCAGGACACAAUACUGAACAAGUAUCCGUACAUAACGAAGGAAUACCUGGAAGAUAUUCUCCGUAGAGAUCAAUGCGAAAAUUCUAUCCGAGUACAAGAUUUCAAUGUAGUGCCUGCGCUAGGUAAAGGGCAGAACUAUUCAAGUGACAUUUUACGAGUAAAGGUCAACUAUGUUACCGGGAGCAAUAAUCGAAGGACACAAACCUACAUAAUCAAAUCAUCGUUAGUCAGUGAGGGGUUGGCCGAUAUGUUAGAAGAAUAUGACGUUUUCCAUCGGGAAAUUGCCGUUUACAACAACGUCAUGCCACGAGUUGAACAACUGCUUGCAUCUAUUGGAUUUACAAGAAAAAUUGCACCAACUGCACACGCGGUCAACUCAUGCCAUCCCAAACAUUUUGUCUUUGAAGAUCUGAAUUUGCAAGGAUUCAAAUCAGUCGAUCGAACGCAAGGUCUCAACUAUCGCCAGUUAGAGAUGGUUUUAGAGAAAAUUGCCAAGUUCCAUGCAGCAACCGCUGUUAUGUUCAGUCAGGACGAAGAAAGCAUGAAGGAUCACCAUUACCGGAACAUUAACGAAGAUGUGCAGCACUUCUACCCUUUGUUCCAAAAUAGCAUGGUUGCCUGUGCAGAGCAAGCUCAAAAAUGGCCAAGCACUGCCAAGAAUAUCGCAAACAAACUGUUCGAUUUAGAGAAAACAGUUAUUAAGAAAGGAUGCCAGGUGUACACACGAGAUAACUCGACAUUCAAUGUUUUAAACCACGGUGAUCUGUGGGUCAAUAACGUGAUGUACAAAUUCGACUCGAAAGGUGAUCCAAUUGAAAGCAUUCUGGUUGAUUAUGCUAUAGGAUUCUUCGGAUCUCCUGCAAUUGAUCUUAGCUAUUUAUUAUUCACAUCGUCUUCAAAUGAUGUCACCACGGAACAGUUUGACCUAUUGUUGCAGUAUUACCAUUCGGAACUCGUUGACUGCUUAGUGAAGCUGAAAUACAUCAAGCCGUUACCAACUCUACUGGACAUUCAAGUGGAAAUGCUUCGCAAGGGCUUUGUUGGAGUUAUGUAUGUCACCUUUCUGAUUCCAUUGCGAUUGAUUGAGGAUACGGCGAACGCCGAUUUAGGUAACCUGCUGGGGUCAACGCCCGAGGCUGUAGAGUUCCGGUACCAAAUGUUCAGUCACCCGAAGUAUCAAGACAGAAUGGAGUACUUGCUAAAAUAUUUUGAUCGAAAAGGAUACAUUGACUAAACAUGUGAUGACAAUUGAACCGUUUGUUUAAGAAACUGCACAUGUGACAUUUUUGGCUAUAAUGAGGUUUUAAUAUAUUCUGAAUCCUUUUUUCUAAUUGAUUUUGAGGCUCAUUUGUUUUAUACAAAACUCUACGAAGCCGAUAAGCUUAUUGAAUAGAAAAAGUUAUCUAAAAUAAAUAGAAUUUUUCCGCGCUUUUUGUGAGCCGCAUACUUUUCUGUUCUUGUAGGUAGAUCCCGCUUUUUCUACUUACGUUGUUACUCAGCAUAUUCUCGCAGCAUUUUUUUCACUAUAUAAUUUAGAAUACCUUUGCGUUCAUACCACAACUGGUCAGUUUUAUUUUUGAAUACGAUUUUCGUUGGAUCUUGUUCUUCUUCUGAUUUCGUAGAUUGCUGUCUGCCCCCACUCGCAUAACAGUCUUAUUUGAUUUUUCAUCACUUUUUAGUUAAUACAAUGAAUAGUGUUUAUGUACUUCCUUAAAUUUCCAUAAAUCAUAAUAAAAAUUGCGAGUUUGUAUGUCCAUGAGUGAAAAAAAACACCAAGUCAUGUGCGUCCCAUAUUGAAAGUACCCGCAAAUCAGUCCCAUUAAGAAUUUACAUGUCCUGAUUCCAUAAAACUGAACAAUGUUUCGAUCAAACUAAACCUCGUACAAAAACCUGCCUCAAUGAUUCGUGAUUUCCAGAGACGGCAGUACAUACUUCAUAUCACCACCCGUGUACAAAUGAUCGAGGCCCAAAUCGACUGGAAAUUUUUCGCGAACUGAAUACUCCACUGUACCUUAUUGUCCGAGUAACAAAAAUACAUCAUCAUCCGGUAUUUCUGGUUGAAGGUCAAAUACCCGAA